AGUUCGGUUGGUCACGAAACACCUCAUAACAUUUGGUUGGCAAGCAGUUGCAAACAUCUAUAGAACGGGACUGAAYAUCGCCUAAAAGUAUAGUUCGUCCACUGGAGUACAUUGGCCGUGGAACAACUCGCCUCAGCACGCGAAAGUCACAACUACAACGUGGGUUGUUUUGGUUGCGAAGGACACUUCCAGAAGAUAUCGUUAUUACUUCUGUAUGGUUUUAAGUCAUCGAGCGGAAAAAGUCGUUGAAUAUUGAGCUCUUAUCGGCGAGAUUAUGCGCUCGUCUGCUCGAAUUUGCGAAGAGCAGAUUCUGUACCUCGGUUCGCUUGCUCGGCAGUACUACACRCUAAAAGGCCAACUGUAUAUUAAAGCCAGUGACACGGGCAAAUGGCAUCUCAAAUGGGCAGCUCUUUAUCAAAACUUCAUCUUCAUGUUCGAAAGCGAAGAUUCUGCGAAAGUAACUGGGGUGAUUUUGCUUGAGCAUUCGUCAUGUGAGCACACUUGUUUGGUGAAUGCCAAAGACAGCGAGAACCAGAACUGCUUUACCAUAUAUGUACCUCUUGGCGACAAUCUAAAGCAGAUGAUCACACUACGUGCAAGUACUGAUAAACAAUGUACAGCAUGGAUUGAAAGUAUAAGGCAAUCAAGUUUCUCAGAAAUCAAGUCAACAAUGAAUGAACUUGAUGAGAAGUACAACCAUCUUCUACAAGUCAUGGAGAGUGAAAAAACUGCAAAAUGGAAACUUAUGGAACACUGUGAUGACCAGGCUGAGAUCAUUGCUAUCUUGAGAGCUGAGAUUGUGACUCUUCGACAGAAAAAAGCAGAAGUCGCCAAAGAAGAAGAAAGUGAAGAAAUCAAAAGCAUCAAAAAGGUUCAAAGUAUGGUCCGUGGAUGGCUGUGCCGUCGGCGAUGGCAUAACAUCGUGCAAGACUACAUCCGGUCUCCACACGCAGAGAGCAUGCGCAAACGAAACUCGAUUUGUUUUCAAUUGGUCGAGACGGAAGAAGAAUAUUUAGACAACUUAUCAACGCUGGUUUCGUGYUUCUACCGACCGUUUAAAAUGGCCGCAAGCUCUAAACGUCCACCCUUAUCUCACGAAGAAGUAAACUCAAUCUUUUUAAAUAGCGAAACAAUAUUGUUCCUUCAUCAAAUAUUCCUAAAAGGUUUAAACACAAGAAUGGAGAGCUGGCCAACUUUGAUUUUAGGGGAUUUGUUCGACAUGUUGCUUCCGAUGCUAAGCAUCUACCAAGAGUACGUGAGAAACCAUCAUUAUAGCCUACAGACGUUGACCGAGUGUAAACAGCGAGCUGCCUUCAAUCGUCUUCUUAAGCUUUAUGAGGAAAAGCCUAUCUGUGAAGGACGGACUCUAGAGACUUUUUUGACCUACCCUAUGCAUCGGGUCCCAGCAUACAUCAUUACCUUACACGAGCUACUGUCACUCACUCCACAUGAUCACGUGGAAAGAAAUGCUUUGGARUAUGCRCAGAGUGUCUUGGAGGAUCUCUCCACGGUGAUGCAUGACGAAGUUAGCGAAACAGAGAAUAUUCGUAAAAACCUGUCAAUUGAGAGACAGAUUGCCGAGGGCUGCGAAAUGCUGCUUGAUGUCAAUCAAAUCUUUAUUAGACAAGGAAGCUUAAUUCAAGUCACCGAAAGUCGCAAAGGCAAGACAUUUGGCGGAAUUUCACUCAAGUCCAGCGACACUCGCAAAGAGAGCGUCAGGCAGUGUUUCCUCUUCUCGAGUUAUUUAUUGCUCACUACUCGUUCGUCAAGUGGUCGGCUUCAUCUCGGAAAGAACAGUUCUGUGGUUUCUCUUGUUGAUACAACUUUGGUCGAUGAUUGUUUUGAUGAAGAUAUUCUAGAUGGUGAGAUACUUUGUGGUAUUCGUUCUACACAAGACUUAAACGACUUGGAUGACCUCACUUUCAAGUUAAUCGUCAAAUCACGUGAUAAAGAUUGCAGUCCAAUCACAAUCACGUUGAUGGCGCCAACUGCGCAGGAAAAAGCCGCAUGGACAAGUGACAUCAGUCAGUGCAUCGAAAAUCUGUCCCUCGUAGAAGAUGCCGAUACAGUAUCUGUUACGUCACGACAGAGCUUAGCCAGCGUGAGAUCUGACUCGAGGCUGUUUACCGAUGGUAAUGAUAUCAAGUACUGUAAGGCCCUCAAUUCCUGCAAGCUACCAAAGAUCCGCUAUGCUAAACUAGAAAGACUAUUUGAGCGACUUCUAGACAUUCGUUUUCUAAGCAUUGACUUUCUUAACACGUUUCUCAUUACGUAUCGCGUGUUCACGCACGCAACCAACUUACUGGACACGUUGAUCCAGUUYUACUACACGCGGAACACAAGGGACACGCCGUCGCCGCUGAACGAUGUGUUCUCGCCUAUAGCACGGAAAACUCGAUCAGUUUCACUACCAAGUGAUAGGAGCAACGACAAACGUCAAGGUCACCGUCUUCGCGACAAGAAAAACCAAGAAAUAUCCAUUACAGUGUCGGGAGUCAAGAUGGCAAACUCAAAGAACGUCGAACACUCCGUCGCUGAUGAGCCCGAGAAAUCUCCUUCUCGACUYAUGCCCACAUGUUACCAUUCCUAUAGACGACACUCCUCGCCUUCUGCGCUCGGCGACACAGCYGCGUUUGAUUUCCCAGUCGUCUCUGAUGAUGUCCAGUCCCCCACCGACGAGGUACCAGAAAGCAAGUCUCGUAAUCAAAGCUCUCCGUUUUUGACGUGUGGAAAAGUCAGGUCACGUGCACAGAGHACGUGUAAUGAAACAGUUGAGAAUCARUCAUACAGUUAYUCGCCGUCAUCWAGUGAUGAUGACACUGAGCAGUUUGAAUUGCAAGAUCCWCCAAAGAUGCGCACACGCCAUCGCGCAUGCUCAUCAGGGCAAAUCCUAGUGACCUCGCCUACUGUGGACGAAGAUUCAGGCUCGGAACUAAACAUGGAUCCAUUUAGUCCAUCACCAACACUAAGUGCGCCUUURCCAAUGACCGGAUCYACGUCAUCACACUGCCUUCGACAAACCCCCCCUGAUCAAGAAAACCACACGGACAAAGCAAAGAACAAGGUACUAAAGGUWAUGGGGUUAGCAUUACAGGUGAAUAAGRCCCACGAAGAGAACCCUGGGGUACCCCCMUUAGUCACCGAAGAGGAUGUCACGCUAAGUCCAGAAWUGCCGCGAGCGUCGCUUGGUAACCRCCGUCCCUGUUCACCAUCUCGCUUUGCUAAACUUGUMAAAGAGGCCGAGGAACGCCUGUCAGGAAUCACCUCACCKCGUCGACCCAGUUCCCCGAAUCUUCAAACGCAAGAUCGUCGGCCUAGUCUUUCCAUGUCACCUCUAAACUCGCCACGCUCGCCCCGGUCUCCUUUAUCUCCCUCGGGUAACCCGGUGAAUGCUGGUGUUGUUGUGACGUCAUCCAAGCCAUCGAGACGUCGAUCAAGCAUUUCGCAAGCUGCUGCUGCUUUUGCUGCUGCGACUGCGGGCGCAUCUCCAUCGCCGAAUUAUGGCGGAAAUUCUCCGACUAUACAGAGAUUUCGUUUUGGUCUGACAGUACGUCAUAUCCUGUCACAUGACACACAUCUUGCUACAAUGAGAGUCCUUACAGUAUUACGUCAUUGGGUUACAAAACAUCCAGAGGAUUUCGAGUCCGAUAAGAUGUUAAGAGAGCAACUGAUAUCGUUCAUGGAAGAGAUACUACACCACGACAGCUCAUCCAAUCUUGAACAGAAGUUCGCCUCCGCCAUUAUCAGGACGCUGAAAAGAAAACCUGAAAAUUCCAAUUUUGAAAAUCUUCUAUUAAAACAGCAUUCGUUGACCCAGUGUACAUUUUUAAAGCCAUUCCAGGUCGAYCCMAACAGYUUCGACAAGAUUUCGGCAACCCAACUCGCUGAACAGCUUACGUUUAUUGAACACCAGCUGUUUUCCAAGAUUCCCGCACAUGAAUUUUUGAACUUGGCUUGGAUGAAACCAAAUAARAACCUUCUGGCGCCGAAUAUCUUAGGAGUGAGUCAGCGGUUUAAUGAGGCAAGUGCACUUGUUGCUUCUGAAAUCCUGAAACGUCAAACUCCGUCCUCYCGCGCUACAGUUAUCGAGAAGUGGGCAAAUGUAGCUGAGRUUUGCCGUAACUUGCACAAUUUUAACUCCGUCUUGGAAAUAACGUCGGCUUUCCUCAGUAGYUCGGUGUUUCGACUGAAGAAAACGUGGGAAAAAGUCUCMAAGCAGGCUCGAUCACAGAUUGACAAACUUCAAAAGAUAGUYAGUGCCGAGGGCCGUUUUAAGAACAUGAGAGAUGCCCUGAGAUGUGCUGAUCCUCCUUGUGUGCCAUAUCUUGGUUUUUACCURACGGAUCUCGCAUUCAUCGAAGAUGGAACGCCUGACUGCAAUGAAGAAGGCUUGAUUAACUUUUCCAAAAUGAGAAUGAUUGCUCAAGUGAUUCAAGAGAUUCGACACUACCAGCAAACAACGUACUCGAUAGAAUGUGAUUCAAAGGUUGCACAUUAUUUACUGGCUAAAGAUCUGCUUAUGGACGAAGAAAAUCUSUACAAAACGUCGCUUUUACUGGAGCCUCGCAAGAAGGGUUCUUCGACCAAGAUCAAGACGUUGCCAGAAAAUGAUGGUAAUCCGUAAAGAGCCUGUGGUUUUUAAACAKAUGGAUUAUGAACUAUUGGAAGGCCCACUGAAACAUGAGAUGAUGUUGUUGAUAAUGAUGCUGAUGAUGAUGAUGGUGAUGGUGAUGAUGAUAAGAAAUAUGGUAAAAUUAUGAUAUUUUAUUGAUAAACAUUUUGCGGUUACCAUGGUUUGGAUCGGUUGUAUGAAGGGUGGAUAGCAAGCACUGYCUACCGGAGAAAUCCUCAUCCAAUGGAUACGUGCAAAUGGGGCACUAUAGACCACUUUCACAAUUGCCUACUAUCGAUUUUAUAUGAUUGGCAAUAUUAAGGAAACGUUCAGCACUGUCGUAUUUAAGAACUAUCAUAAAUAAGUAAUUGUGCAAAAUUUUGAAGAAAUAGACUAAAUACUAACGAAGUUAUGGAGGAAUGAAAAUACAAGGAUUUGUAUGAAAUUCUUUACUGAGGCCUUGGUGGACUCGUUUUGGUGUUUUUUUUUUAUCUUCCAACCCUUAUAACUUCCAGAGGAUUUAAUAUUUUUCUUUGAAACUUUCAGAGCUUGUCGUUAGCUUUGAUAUCUAUCAUCUGAGUGUUUUCUUUUGUCAACAUUAUGAAUUUAACAAUAAUAUGCUAAUUAGUGUCGGCCAUUGUGAAAGUUGUGUAUUCCUUGGUAGGCAAAGUCUUUGGAAUAGGAGACUUUAUUUGCCAAAUAAAUAUAGAGCAACACAUUUUCGGAUAGUCCAACAGUUUUUUGGGCAUGAACCCAAGUAAUACUUGUACAACUAUUCGGUAAAUCYAUGCGAAAACUAUGAARUGGAGAUUCUUUUUCUUGUGWWUAACUUUUACACUAUUCGUACAACCGGUCCCUGGUUUUCAGAUGAAGCAACGGCAGCGAUGUUAGUGGUUCAUGGAGAAAAGAUUUCUCCUUUGUUUCCAUAUUGUUCUUACCACCAAUAUGACCGGCUGCUAUUUCAAACAUGGGCAGUUGGGGAGAUUGGAGAAAGGCUAGACUAAACUAUUGCAACUUGUUUUCUAACCGGAAAAAGGUGCCCCAUUAGCAGAGUGUUUGGUUUUGUGUAACGAAGAAUUUUGUUGAAAAAAUCCGUGCAAUUUCAUGGCAAUAAGCUAUAAGAAGCCUUGUACCUUAUAUAUAUAUACAAUUUCAUCUGAGCUACUGGAUGAUUGCCCAGUGUUUUGUUUAGGCCUCGUCGACACGAGUCCAGAGGUUUUGUUUCCGAAUACAGUAAUCUCAAAAGACAAUGCGGAGAUAUCAMSYGUAUACCAAGUGGACACGAGUGGAAGCUACAAUCGUUGCCAAAAUACCUUGGACCAUAUGAUUAUUUGUCUCCAGCCUAGCAUUUUUCUCCUAUGUUUUUGCACGUUCUCGUCCUUUCUCGUUCUCGUCCGCUGUCAUCAGUUGUGGGUCUUGUUUUGGAUGGUUGUGUACUAUGGUAACAUACUCAAUGACAACAUUGCAUUGUCAGGGGGAUAAAAUUGUCUGCAGGUGUUACUUAAAAUGAGGAAAUUCGCUGGAUUUUGUCGACGAUUGUAGCUUUAUCCAAAUAAAAAMAUAUGCGGUUACAAAAUCUCUUGACACGUGUGGACGGGGCCACAGUUCUACAGAUGAAACUGAUUGGACGUGACAAGGGUCUAAAAUAGCUUAUCAUGCAARGASAAAGAAUGCGGUGAUGGCAAUAUAAACAAAUUCGAUAUUCAAAAAUAGCCGCACCCUAAAACCAUUAUUUUGUAAGAUUCUUUGAGAAUCUUGUAUAGUAUUUGAUUAAAUUUAAGUGAUUAUUAUUAUGUACAAGRAUGAAAAUAUAUAGAUAGUGUUAUGAAAUUAAGAUUACUCAUAGUCGAAAACGUUUUUGAUUUCAUAACACUAUCUAUAUAUUUUCAUCCUUGUGCAUAAUAAUAAUAUUUUAAGCGAAAUAUGACCACAAAUUUAAGUGAAUUUGAAUAUUUAUGAGAGGAAUUUUAGUGAUGUUUCUUAAAUCAUAUUUUGUUGAGUCUGUAAAUAAGCCACGCUUUUGAAGUAGUCUUUUUAACAUUGAUAGCUUAUUGUAUGUAAAGAAGGUUUGAUCAYACGAUAAUUGUUAUAAACUGAAAGAAUAUUGUUGCUUAUACUUUCUUAAGACCGGUCACUUCCGGUAUGGCAGCCAUCUUGAAUUUCAAAUAAGUGCAAUAUGUAUGUAAAUUGUACAUUAAUAAGGUGGACAAAGUUUUUUGUCACUUACUUCCGCUACGUUUGAAUAAUUUAUAGAAUAUUUGAAGUCAGUGUGACGUGAUUAAGAUUGUCACGUGAAUACUUGGGUAUAUUUCUAAUAAGUGACGUAAUGUGGUUUCAUUUGACAAUUGAAACUGGUGACUGAGCUCCAAAGCUAUGCUACAAUCCAAAGGUGAUCUGUUUUCACAAACUGUGAAUAAAACUACCAUUGUGACGUGAAAAAGAGCUUCUACCUUCCAUGUUUUUAUGGAAAAUCAUUUCAUGAAAAAUACUAAUUCUUCGUUUUCACUAUACGUCAAAGCCGCCAUCUUGGAGGAACUUCAACAAAGGAUUUCUCAUUAGUAUCUAUUGUUCAUUCCUCCAAAAUGGUCGCCGGUCUUUUAUCUUUUGAAACUCAUGGGAAUGGUUGAAAACAAUCAAUAUUUUUCCUUGUCCAAGCGACGACGUUAAUUGACACAAUUGGAACAACUUAAGAGUUUUUUUGCGGUAUGUUUCUCUGGUUGUAGUUAUCUUUCGAUAAAUUUGCCGAUAAGAGUCCAGUCCCAGAUUUAAGGAUUUUAUUCAUUGUUAUAAGAUAUUAUUAGUGAUUAUUAGUAAUGCAUCGCCAUUGUUGUAAAUAGCUUUAAAAUAGCUUAUUAACGCUUUUUCGCCCAUAGUAUUUAUUUAUUCAUACACAACAGAGAGUUAUUAAAAUGUAUUACAUCAAUGCAA